AUGAAGUUUACUGCCAUCCUGCUGUCCUCCCUCGGCCUCGCCGUCGCGACGCCCACCGUCGUCGUCCGCGACCCAACCCUCACCAGGCGUGACCUGGGCACCUUCACCAGCGUCAUCGCCAACAUCGACAGCAAGGUCAAGUCGUUCGACUCGCAGAUCAAGAGCUACAGCGGGGGGUCGGCGUCGUCGCUGCUCGACGCCGGCAACGCCAUCGCCGACGCCACCACGCAGGGCGUCUCGACCAUCAACGGCCAGGACCAGCUCAGCGAGAGCGACGCGCUGCAGCUGACCAGUCCGGUCGAGGACCUGACCAAGGACGUGCAGAGCGCUAUCGACGACCUCAUCGCGAAGAAGAGCCAGCUCGUCGCGGCCGGCGCCGGCGGCCAGGUCGAGUCUAGCCUGCAGUCGCAGAAGACGGCUGCCGCGGACCUCGCCAAUGCCAUCUCGUCCAAGGUCCCUUCGUCGCUGUCGUCGGUGGCCCAGCAGCUGGCUUCUGGCAUCACGGAUGCCAUUCAGAAGGGCAUCGAUGCGUUCCAGGGGACUGGCAGCUCGUCCAGCACGGGCACGUCUACAGCUACGGCUACGUCUACGGCUACUGGGUCUGGUAGCUCAACUACUGCGACUGGCACGACUACUGGUACUGCUACUGGAACUGCUACUGCCACUCCGACCGGAUCUGCCACUGCCACUGGAUCUGCCACUGCAACUGGACCUGCUUCCUCCUCAGCCGGAGCAUCUGGCGUCGCGCCUUCGUCGUCGUCAGGAAUCAAGCCAAGCAGCGGUCUGCCCGGCAAGCCGACCUCCAGCUCCUCGCCUCCUCUGUACACCGGCGCGGCGUCGGUGAACAGCAUCAGCGGCGGUGUUGGCGCUGUUGCAGCGCUGGCAGCCGUGCUGGCUUUCUAG